UUUAUUAACGCCCUCUCAAGAUUAACCCAACUGUCAUCGUGCUUCACGGGCUCUUCUCCAUCAUCUCAUUCUUUCCUUAUUCUUCAGCUGCAUUCAUGUUAAAUGUCUUUUCUCUAUCUAAAUUCACCACUACCGUCACUAUGUUUUCCUGAUAUCAUCUUCUUUCUUUGACCCAACAAGCAGUGUGUAAUUCUCAUCAUGUUUGACAUCUUGUUUGGGUGGAGAAAGGCUUCAAAAUGUAAGAAACUGAUUAUGCGUAUCCAAUGCCGUCUCAAGCUGCUCAAGAACAAGAGAUGUUGUAUUGUGAGGCAAUUGCGUGAAGAUGUGGCUGAGCUCCUCAAAAAUGGCCAUCAAGAUGUUGCAUUCAAACGAGCUGAGCAGCUUUUUAAGGAUGAAAGCAUAGUGGCAGUGUAUGAAUUGUUGGAUCAUUUCUGUGAAUUCAUCACCAUCAACCUUUCCUAUAUUCGCAGGCACAAGGACUGUCCGAAUGAUAUCAAUGAAGCAAUUUCAAGUCUUAUAUUUGCCUCUGCAAGAUGUGGGGAUUUACCCGAGCUUCGGGCCAUUAGGAAGCUCUUUGGAGAGCGGUAUGGUCAGAGAUUUGCUAUGUCAGCUGUUGAAUUGUAUCCGGGCAAUCUAGUGAACUGUCAGGUAAAAGAGAAUCUAUCUAUAAAGUCAGUUUCGGAUGAUAUGAAGCACAGAUUGGUUGAUGAAAUAGCUAGGAGUAACUCCCUCCAACAGCUGCCUUUGGCACUUGAAUACGGUUCUGAACUGCAACAACAACAGAUGAAAGAAUAUGAAAUUCAAGCCUCAAAUGUCAAAGAGAUGGAUGGGAAAUCCAUAUUCGUUGAUUCAUCAACAAACAAGAAGAAAAUCAUGUCUGGACAAUGCCACUCAUACCAAGAUUCUGGUAUUUCAUGUAGCACUUCCAGCAGCUCAGUAGUUUCACAUUUUUUUCCAAGAAAAUCAGAGACCCAGAUGCAUAAAAAAGCAGAGAAAGUAGAGAAUUUUCCCCAGCCAUAUUCCCCGUUUUCAAUUAGGAGUCAUUGCAGCAUUGAUGCAGCAGCUUUGGAGCAGGAGAAAGAAAGGGUGGAUGCAAAAUCUUCAUCUGAAAGUUCAUAUCAGUUUCCUGAGGAAGAAGUGGUUUACCUUGAUGACAUAGAAGAGUUUCAAUCUCCCAGGACAAAAGACAGCAGCUUCCAGGACCAAAGACUUUUUAUGUUCAAUUCAUUCCGUCUACCCAAGGGAGAGAUAUUUGAAGCUGAUCAUAAUGAAAGUUCUAUAGAACAGUAUGAUUCAUGGAACAAGGAAGGUUCAGGGAGAUCAAGAAAGACUGAGAAAGCAGUCAGGAAAAAAUUGAGGAAGAGAUCAAUGCAUCAAGAGAAUCAAAACAUUAAGGAUAUGGAGUAUGAGGUCUAUUAUGAUGGAUCAUUCAAUAGUUCUCCAGAUCACGGUCAUAGAUAUCAUGACCAGAGAAAACAUCAGAAGAAGAUUAUAAAGAAUGCUCACUGCGAAGGAGUCGGAAGCAACUUUGUGACUGGGGAAGGCAGAUAUGAUCAGCUGAGAUCAUACAGUAGAGGCAGUCACAACUGUGAAUUGGCUGCUGAUUGCAGCUUGGAGAAUCCAUGUUACUUCAGUGCUAGUGACGGUAUAGAUAAGUUGGAAGUUCCUGCUGGGAAGCAAAAGAGAAUGACCACCCUUUUUCAGGAUGGAGAGCCAAAGAACCCAGAAAUGAAAAGGGCUUCUUUACCUCAAAAGGAUGGAAGGAACCACAAAAGUGGUGCCACACUAGAUGGUGCUCAUUCAGUUCAACAACCCCAAAAGCAGAGCAAGAAAGCAGAAAGAGUAGAAGGGAGGUCUGAUAAUUUGGGCAGCCAAGGUUCUUGUAAUGGCACUAUGACCAGUCCUUGGACAAAAAUGGCACAGUCCCCUUACCUGAGGGCCAUGACAAUGCCGCCAGAGCGGACUCAAGAUAACUGCACAGACAAUAUUCUACGGUCUAAUUCAUUCCCACUUCAACAGCCCAAUCAUUUGAGCCAUGUCCAUCCAAAACUGCCGGACUACGACGACCUAGAAGCAAAGUUUACAGCUCUUAAGAAGGCAUAUCUGCAAACAAAGGAACCAACAACCACUUCACUUAAGAGCAUGAAGAACAAGGGUAGAUCUCCUUAGCUUUGUUUUUUGGUUACUUAUUUAGAUUGUUUUUCUAUGCAUACACUAGAGGCAGAUCAUUGUAGCAGGAGAUUGAACCUAGGAAGCUUAGCCGAAUAGCCCAAUUAUUUCCUCAUCUUUGUGCAUUCAAAUGUGAACCUAAUGAAUCUGAAUUGUUUGUAUUGUCACUUUUUGCCUUCAACAUAACAUGAAGCUUACUCUUCUA